AUGACAUUCCAAAUGGCGGACCGUUCCAUCAAGCGCCCGGUGGGAGUACUUGAAGAUAUCCCGGUUAUGAUUGAUCAAUACUACAUCCCGGGAGAUUUCGUGAUUCUUGACAUAGAAGAGGAUGCCAAGGUUCCAAUAAUCCUUGGUAGGCCAUUUCUAGCCACCGCCAAUGCAAUCAUAGAUGUCAAAAGAGGGAAGCUUGUGAUGGAGGUAGCCGACUAUAAAAUUGAGUUUGACAUCUUCAAGAUGGCUAAACACCAACCUUCUUACAUUGAUGAGUGCAACAAGGUGGAAGUCAUAGAAGAAUGUGUUGGAGAGGUACUUGGGAUUGGAGGAGAUAACCAAGGAAGCUCUCUUGUGGGAAAUUUCUUUGAAAAGUUGGGAGAAUGCACCUAA